AUGUCGGCGAGAAGUACUAAAUAUGUUUACCGCCAGUCCUCAGGACACGGCGGAGACCUAUCCAUUGAAUACGGAACUGAUUUGGGAGCUCUCACUCGACUCGAGGACAAAAUCCGUCUUCUCUCUGAAGACUUGGAGACCGAGCGAGAGAUGAGACAAAGAAUCGAAAGAGAGCGCUCGGAUCUGACCGUUCAACUAAUUGGAUUGACUGAACGACUGGAAGAGGCCGAGGGUUCGAGUGAAAGUGUGGUUGAAAUGAACAAAAAACGGGACUCAGAAUUGGCUAAACUCCGCAAACUGUUAGAAGACGUGCAUUUGGAGAGUGAAGAGACGGCACAUCAUCUCCGACAGAAACAUCAGGCGGCCAUCGCUGAGAUGCAGGACCAGAUGGAUCAGCUCCAGAAAUCCAAGAACAAAGUGGACAAAGAGAAGCAAAAAGUUCAGGCGGAGGUCUUCGAGUUGUUGGCACAGAUCGAAAACGCCAAUAAAGACAAGUUAGUGGCUCUUAAGACCGUCGAGAAACUCGAGUACACCGUUCAUGAGCUCAACAUCCGUAUCGAAGAGAUCACUCGUACCGUCACUGAAGUGUCGGCUCAGAGACUAAGACUGAGCGUUGAAAACUCGGAACUCAUUAAAGAGAUCCACGAAUACAAAGUAUCUCUCGAUAACGUCACUCACUUGAAGGGACAGUUGGCUCAACAGCUCGAAGACACUCGCCAUCGACUCGAAGAUGAGGAGAGAAAACGAUCGACUCUUGAGAAUCACUGCCACACUCUUGAGGUUGAAUUGGAGUCAUUGAAAGUACAACUCGAGGAGGAAUCGGAAGCGCGUCUGGAAUUGGAGAGACAGUUGACGAAAGCGAACGCAGACGCGGCCGCCUGGAAGUCCAAAUACGAGGCAGAACUUCAGGCACACGCCGAUGAAGUCGAAGAACUUCGUCGAAAAAUGGCUCAAAAGAUCUCUGAAUACGAGGAACAAUUGGAAGCGCUGCUGAACAAGUGCUCGUCGCUCGAGAAACAGAAGUCCCGACUCCAGAGCGAAGUGGAGGUCUUGAUUAUGGACUUAGAGAAGGCGACGACUCACGCACAGCAACUCGAGAAGAGAUGCGCUCAACUCGAGAAGUUGAACCUCGACCUGAAGGUCAAGUUGGAAGAGGUGACCAUGCUCAUGGAGGCCGCACAACGAGACGCACGACAGAAGGCCGCAGAACUACAGAAACUACAGCACGAAUACGAGAAGUUGCGCGACCAGAAGGAGGCACUCGCCAGAGAGAACAAGAAACUCAUCGACGACUUGAACGAAGCGAAGUCUCAGUUGAAUGACGCGCACCGAAGAAUCCAUGAAAUGGAGAUCGAAAUCAAACGUCUGGAGAACGAGAGGGAAGAGUUGGCCGCCGCUUACAAAGAGGCCGAGACUUUGAGGAAACAGGCGGAGGAUAAGGCACAGCGAUUGGCCGCUGAGUUGGCACAAGUCAGACAUGACUACGAGAAACGACUCCAACAGAAGGAGGAAGAGCUCGAGGCUCUCAGAAAGCAGUUCCAGAUAGAAGUGGAACAGUUGAACAUGAGAUUGGCUGAGGCGGAGGCUAAGCUGAAGACAGAAGUGGCCCGAAUCAAGAAGAAAAUGCAGGCGCAGAUCACCGAACUCGAGAUGUCUUUGGACGCGGCCAACAAACAGAAUCUCGAUUUACAGAAAACUAUUAAGCGAUUGUCGCUUCAAAUCACUGAACUUCAAGCGCAUUACGACGAAGUGCACCGACAGCUGCAACAGGCGGUCGACCAGUUGGGUGUCGCCCAACGCCGGUGCCAACAAUUGCAGGCAGAACUGGACGAACAGCGCGUGGCUCUGGAACAGGCUCUUCGGGCCAAACGUAUCGCCGAAACCCAAUUCGAGGAGGCGAUGGCUAAAGUCAACGAAUUGACUACAAUUAACGUCAAUCUCGCGUCCGCUAAGAGUAAACUCGAGGCCGAGUUCUCUGCCCUUCAGAACGAUUACGAUGAGGUCCACAAAGAAUUGAGGAUUUCCGACGAAAGAGUCCAGAAGUUGACCAUUGAAUUGAAGUCAACUCGGGAUCUGUUGACCGAAGAACAGGAAAGACUCGUCAAAUUGGAUACCAUUAAGAAGUCGUUGGAGAAUGAGGUGCGAAGUCUGCACAUCCGUAUCGAAGAGGUUGAGGCGAACGCAUUGGCCGGCGGUAAGCGUGUGAUCGCUAAACUUGAGUCCAGAAUCAGAGACGUCGAGAUCGAAGUGGAGGAAGAGAAGCGCAGACACGCGGAGACCGAGAAGAUUCUCCGCAAGAAAGACCAUCGCGUGAAGGAAUUGUGCCUUCAGUCAGAAGAAGACCACAAGACUGUCACUCUUUUGCAAGAAAAUUGCGAUAAACUCAACGAAAAAGUGAAGGUCUAUAAGAGACAAAUGCAGGAACAGGAGGGAGUGAGCUCUCAGAACCUGACUCGAGUCCGUCGAUUCCAGCGCGAGUUGGAAGCGGCCGAAGACCGAGCGGAUCAGGCGGAGAGUAAUCUAUCUUUUAUUAGAGCCAAACAUAGGUCUUGGGUGACGACCAGCACUGUUCCCGGCGGUACUCGUCAGGUGUUUGUCACUCAAGAAGAAACACAAAACUAUUAA